AGACUUGGCGAACAGGAAUGCCUUGAGCAGAAAUCCAUUGGAAGAGCAGACUGAUAUAUAGAACGUCUUCACAUGAUUUGGGGAGGCCCAUUCUCUUUCCUUUCUGGGAGUCGAGGCCAUCGAGUUGGAGAUGAUAAGACUCGAAAAGGAAUUGAGAAGUCAAGAAAAGGGGAACCGUCAGAAGGCAUACAUAGGCGGUCAACUGGAGACGACCGGGACAGCCGUACAGCCAAAUUCCAAGAGGCGGGUAAACUGUAUGCGCGAUUUAGACGAACUUCACCAUAUUCGUUUAUUUACCUUGCGGCUGGCCCAUGCAGCUCGGGAGAACCAUCGAGCACCCUUGAUGAAUGGGAACAAGCUCUAUCGACCUCCAGUCUCCACUCGAUUAUUUCGACUAGUUGCGGUCAGAGAAAAGGAUGCCGGCCCGAUCGAUUUCCCCAUCAGUCAAAAUUGACCACAGACCUCCAAG